CGCUGGUGCGUGAGGUGCUUCCCGUCUUCUUCGGCCGGCCUUGCUGCCUGGUACGGAGUGAAACGUCCUCGUCCCGUGGUCCAGCUCCGCCUCGCCUGCAGUUUUCAGUUGACCAAAGAAAUGGUGAUGGAGAAGCCAAGUCCCCUGCUGGUUGGGCGGGAGUUUGUGAGGCAGUAUUAUACUCUGCUGAAUCAGGCACCAGACUACCUGCACAGGUUUUAUGGAAAGAAUUCUUCUUAUGUCCAUGGUGGCUUGGAUUCAAAUGGAAAACCAGCAGAUGCAGUUCAUGGGCAGUCUGAUAUCCACAAGAAGGUUUUGUCACUGAAUUUUAAGGAUUGCCGCACGAAGAUUCGCCAUGUGGAUGCCCAUGCCACUCUUAAUGAUGGUGUCGUUGUGCAGGUCAUGGGCGAGCUCUCAAAUAACACGCAACCAAUGCGGAGGUUCAUGCAGACUUUUGUUCUUGCUCCUGAGGGGUCUGUUGCGAACAAGUUUUAUGUCCAUAAUGACAUAUUUCGCUACCAGGAUGAAGUUUUUGGUGAUUUAGAUGCUGAACCUCCAGAGGAAUCCGAGGAAGAGGCAGAGGAACCUGAGGAAAGGCAGCAGACUCCUGAGGCUGUUGCUGAUGACCCAGCAGCCUACUAUGAGCCAUCUGUCAGCAAUGACUUGGAGGAACAGUUGGAAGAACCAGUUGCAGAGCCUGAACAGGAACCUGAACCUGAACCUGAACAGGAGCCUGAACCAGAAACUCAGGAAGAAAAACCUGAGUUAGUGCUGGAGGAAGUGGCUCCUGAGGAGGCAGUGGAGAAGAGUCCUUCUCCAGUCCCUGCAGACCCAGCUCCUGUAGUGCAAGAGGACCCUAGGACUUCAUCAUGGGCAUCUGUAACUAGCAAGAAUCUACCACCCAGUGGAGCUGUUCCAGUAUCUGGCAUACCACCUCAUGUUGUCAAAUUACCUGCAUCACAGCCCCGUCCUGAAUCUAAACCUGAAUCCCAGACUCCACCACAGAGGCCUCAGCGGGACCAGAGAGUGAGGGAGCAACGGACAAACAUCCCCCCACAAAGAGGCCCUAGACCAAUGCGGGAAGGAGAACAGGGGGAUGUAGAAUCUAGACGAAUCAUUAGAUACCCAGACAGUCACCAACUUUUUGUUGGAAACCUCCCUCAUGAUGUGGAUAAAACCGAACUAAAGGAAUUCUUCCAAAAACUUGCAAAUUCUCUUGCAGGUUAUGGAAAUGUUGUGGAACUACGCAUCAACAGUGGAGGAAAGCUCCCUAACUUUGGAUUUGUGGUGUUUGAUGAUCCAGAACCAGUUCAGAAGAUCCUUAGCAAUAGGCCAAUAAUGUUCAGAGGAGAAGUGCGUUUGAAUGUGGAAGAGAAAAAAACACGAGCAGCCAGGGAGGGUGAUCGUCGAGACAACAGACCCCGUGGGCCUGGUGGCACGCGUGGGGGGCUGGGAGGUGGGAUUCGAGGGCCUCCGCGUGGAGGGAUGUCUCAGAAACCAGGAUUUGGCACUGGAAGGGGCAUCGGGCAACGCCAGUGAUUAAUGGAUGACAUGAUGAGACAAACCCUUCUUCCUGCAGAUUUGUGAAUUUCAGCCUUGGGUAUCUUGGAAUGUGGCCCUACCUUGUUAUAGAGACUGCUACGUUUGAUACUAUUUUGGCCCAUUUUGUUUGUGUUUGGUUUCGUGAUUUUUUUUCUAGUCCUUGUCCCAAAUUCCAGCUUUGUGGAACAGUAUUUCAGGAAAAAAAAUGGAUUUUAAAAAGAAAAGAACUGAAUCUUUGCUUGCUGCAGACAUAUGGACUGGAUUUUUAUUUUUAUUUGGUACCAGUGGUUUUUCCAAUGGAAUGUGUGGAGCUUUUUUCUUACUGAGAUGGGGUGCGCUUCAGUCAGUGGAAUUAUCCUUUUCAGCUGCAUGUGUUCAGGAGCCUGUAGGAAAACCUAGCACGUGACAAACAUUUCAAGGGCAGGGAAAUUGGUUUAUUCUUUGGGAGGUGGGGUCAUGUGACUAUCCAACCCCAGUAUGGAGAUGUUGCCGCUGGAAAAUCGACAUUACCCUUUUCUCUGUGGCGCUUUAAAAAUGGAAGAAAGGGUGCAUAGAAUGUUUUCUUUUGGUACAUGAUCACGAAAAGGAAUUCUCACUACUGUUUUACCACUUACAAGGAUUGUGGGAUAGGUUUUAAAUGUCUAGAACUUGACUCUUUAAAACACUCUUCCUGAACUUGUGAAAAUUUUUUUAUUGAACUAGGGAAGUUUUUUCAUGUUUAGUUUGUAUUUGUAUUAAAACAAAAACAAAAUUGUUGUGCCUUCUAUUUAUCUCUCAUUCCAGUCUUGGCAAAUUGUUAAAAAAAAUAAAAAAAGUCUAGAUUUGCUUUAUCCAGUUUUGGAGUAUGUUGAAGUCUUUCAAGAGAUCUGUUUGUUCUUCACCCCUCCUCAUUAACAUAUAUGUUUAUUGAGUUGCACGGUUUUGCUUUUCCAUAGCCUUAUAGAUUUGUGUAACACUUAAUGCUUUCUGAUGAGGUUCAGGGGCCCAACUGUUGUAUUGACAUCACCGUUAGCUCUGAAGUGAGUGCCUUCCACAGUAAUGUGACUAUGGGAAAUGAAAUCAUAAAUCUUUAAUAGUAUGCAUAUGUUCAGUUCAUGUAGUUGGUUGCUAUGAUGUUAAUAGUCAUCAUUGGCUUUUAAAUGCCAUUCAAAUAGGGGUCAAGCUAUAAUGCCCUAGUUCUUAUAUAUCCAUAUUUCACUGCAAUAUAUUCAUGGUGUUGGAUAAGCUAUGGGACAUCUGUCUUUGCUGAAUGUAUAUAAAACAAAAUAAAAUGCAGAACAUCAUUGUAGCUGUUGGAGUGCCUGAUAGUCUUCUGCACUAGGUUUUGAGAACAAUGCAUGGCGUGCAAGGCCUCUGGGUGAACAACUGCAGCACCCAAUUUAGGAGCAGUUUGGCUCUGAUGUAGACUAGAGAGGAAUGGAGAACUCAGUAUUGUGAGGCAAUACUACUAAAUUGUAUUCAUCACCAUUUGCUUAUUUACAUGAAGAUGGUGACUUAGUUGUGAUAUGUGGCAACUGAACUAAGCCGUAUUUGUAUUGUGCAGUAGAUAAUGUGAACAAAUGUCAAACUUGAAAGACUUUAAGCCAAUUCUGUUAAAACUGCUUUUGAACCUUUUAGCUGUCUGUCAACUGUGUUUCAAAUUUCUAUCUGUAACUAAAGGAUUAGAAUUUUUUAAUAUGGAAAAUUGGGGUCCUUGUGUUUGAAUAAACCCAAAAGUUUGUUUA